CUGGGAUGCGACCUUCCCCAUGCCGUGUCCCAUGUGAUCCGCAGUGUUAUGCCGGGGGCACCGGAGAGCUUCACUCGGGAUGUCGCUGUUUGUCAUUAACAGGUACCUUGGUGAUGAGGUGGAUUCUACCGAAGAUCGCGCCAAAGCUUUGCUAGAGAAGUUACAUCAGCAAGCCAAGGAUCGUCAGUCACAACAGAAAUGUAAGGAGAAGAAAGUGAAGUCCUACAGUGAAGAGGAGGUAGAGAAUGCCAUUGAAACUGAGGAUCAUAACGAAGAGUCUGAAAAGAAGAAAAAACCUAAGAAGCGGAAGAAAGCUCUCAAUGAUGAGACACCAACUAAAGUAGAAAGCCCCGAUCCUGAUGCUGAGCCAGAGGAAGUCAAGGAUUUGAAGGCCAAGAAGCCACGCAAGAAAAAAAUUAACAUCGAUGAACAAGACGAGAGCAUAGACCUGGAAGCAAAAGAGAAACAGAAGAAGAAAAGCAAUAAAGGAGAGGUGAAGAAGAAGAAACCCAAACAGAAGCAAGGAGGUGAAGAAGAGAUCUUUGUCAAAGGAUCAGGAGAGUCGAGUGAAGAUACAAAGCACGAAAAGAAUGAAAGCGCUGAAGUAGAGGAGAGCGCAGCACAAAGUGAGGAGACCAAGGUGGAACAGAAGAGCGAAGAUCAAAAAGUUGCUUCAGCAGAUUCCAAGUUUCUACUACUUGGCGGUUUUGAGGCCAAACCAGUUCAGAAGGUACUUCCAGUUCUUCCACAGUGGCUAGCAAAACCGAACCUGGUCCAUAAGGAUAUUAAGCAGAACCUUGUCUCUAUCCAUGAUAUUCCUGGUUUGGGCCCAAACAUUCUAAAGAGACUGCAAGCUAACAAAGUGAAAAUGUUCUUCCCAGUGCAAGCUGAAGUCAUCCCAGCUAUUUUGGAGAGCUGUGUCCAUGGUUUUCUUGUGGGCAGAGGUGGAUAUCGUCCAAAUGAUAUCUGUGUUUCUGCACCUACUGGAAGUGGGAAGACACUGGCAUUUGUUGUUCCAAUUGCACAGGUUUUGGCAGAACGUGUUGUAUGUCAAAUUCGAGCUCUUGUUGUGCUGCCCACCAAGGAAUUGGCACAGCAGGUCUGUAAAGUUUUUAAUAUCUACACAGAUGGUACAGGUCUGAAGGUUGUCUUAAUAGCUGGACAUAAAUCAUUUGCUAAGGAGCAGGAGACUCUGGUAACUAAAAAGAUUUUUGGGUUCAGCAGUUUGGCUGACAUUCUUGUAUGCACUCCUGGUAGACUUGUUGAUCACAUUCAGAAGACUGAAGGCUUCACUUUGAAGCAUCUACGAUUUCUGGUUAUUGAUGAAGCAGAUCGUAUGAUUGACACUAUGAGUCAAGACUGGCUACCUCAGGUUAUCAGUGCUGUGUAUAAGGUGGAGCCACGGGAUCAUGAAAUGUUUUUUGCUCGCAAGAUCCCAGGAGUUCCAACUGCAGAAAAUUAUGGCCAGCUUCAGAUCCCCCUGCAAAAACUGCUGUUCUCUGCUACCCUGACACACAAUCCAGAGAAACUUCAGAAGCUUGGCUUGUACCAACCACGUCUCUUUACAUCCAUAUACAAAAAGCCAAAGUUGAGCACCACUGAGGAACAAGAACCCCCCACUUCUGAAAACUUCUCCUUCCCGGAUGGGCUUACGCACUACUAUAUCCCAUGCAACCUUAACUCCAAGCCUCUCAUCCUUCUUCACUUCUUACUCACCCUACACUUUUCCCGUGUACUAUGCUUCACCAACUCCAGAGAGUCUUCACAUCGCCUGUUCUUACUCAUAAAACUUUUUGGAGGAAUCAAUGUGGCAGAGUUCUCCUCUCGACUUAGUCCUGGUGAAAGAAAGAAGACCCUAAAGGAAUUUGAGCAAGGAAAGCUACAGCUGCUAAUAAGCACAGAUGCCACAGCUAGAGGAAUAGACAUCCCAGGAGUGAAAUGUGUGAUAAACUAUGAUGCUCCACAAUACAUCAGAGUAUAUGUUCACAGGGUGGGCAGGACAGCCCGAGGGGGCACAGCUGGUCUGGCAUUCACAAUGCUGCUGAGAAUACAGGAGGAGAGAUAUCUGAACAUGAUGCAGGAUGCUGGGGUCCCAAAGAUACAGAAGCAGCUGGUGAAGAGUGAAAACCUCAGGCAGUUUGAGCAGCGAUAUGAAGAGGUGCUGCCACAAUUACAGAGGGUGGUUAAGGAAGAAUGGGCUCAGAAGCGCUGCUGAAUUUUGGUAUAAAAACCAAAAUAUAUUUGGUUCCAUUAUGAGGGACUUACAGCUACAGCUCUGUUUAUCGGCUUUACAUGGAUUUCUGUCCUGUCCCAAGUUAAUUGUGAAAACAAUUGUGAGGCCGUCUAUGGGAUUCUUCACAAACCUGGCAUGGACAGGCACUCUUCUGCCUUAAUACUAUACAGAAAGUUGUACACAGUGUUUAUCCUAUUUUCAUCUACAGAAUGAUUGUUUAUUUUAUAAUGUAAAAAAGAAACAUUGUAUUCUUAACUUGAAAUGUAAUUGAAGAGAAGGGUAUUUUAUUUUUUUUGUAAAGAACCACUUCUCCAGUAAAAUAUCCUGGUCCAUGUCUCAAACAUACAGGCAUUUCAUAGAACGGUUACCUUCAAAGGAGAAUGUGGUUUGAGCACAGGUAUCAUUUAAUAGGAUUAUAAAUGUCAAUUGGAUGUUUCCAAGUGGUUUGAUAAUUUUACUCUGAGUACAUUGACACAGGCUGUGUGGACAGGACAAGAAGGAAUCGGUGCUGUAACAUGCCCCCCGUCUCACACGGCAGGAUGACUGACAAGCCAGGAGCACAGGCAAUAGCUGCAGGGACAUCAUUUUGUUCACCCAAAAAUAUACACUUUUUAUAUACAUGUAGGGUGGCAUUCAUCAUUGUAGGUGUAAGGGAAGCAUUUUUCUACACCUAUUUGUGUGUGCUGGUAAUGUGUAGGUGCACCAAAUUUAUUAAAUGGUCUCAUGACAUUCGAUAGAUUUUGUGGAGGUACACAUUUCCUGGAAUUUCACUCUUUACAUUCACCAAAAAUCUAAGCUAAGUCUGGGCUGGUCUAGCCUUUUCGAUGGUAUUGUGCCUUUUUUUUUUUUUGCACCUUUUCACAAAAAGUCUCGGUUGAUAAAUGAAUUACCCUCAUAAGACUAACCUUAACAGCUUGUCUGUACACACUUUAUAUAAAAAAUGAAAUAAAAAAAAGUGUAAAUCAAAAAGGUGCAAAAUAUAGCCUGAGGUGCAGCGCUGCACCAAAAUAGAGACAAAUCUACACAAACAGCUCUAAGGACAAUGAUAAAUGCCUCCCAUAAUGUUAUCAUUAUCUUCAUUGUAUAAAAACGUUUUUGUAAAUGACAGAUAUUCAUUAACCACUUAACGACCACGGAUGUAAAUUUACAUCCUGGUUUGGUGGUACUUAGCACACCAGGAUGCACAUUUACGUCCUGUGUAUGACCGUGAGCAUCGGAGCGGUGCUCGUGGGUGGCAUACUCGGCAGGUUCCGGCUGCUAGCAGGACCUGCCGGUAAUGGCUGACAUCCGCUUAUUGUGCAGAGUGCCACCAUUAACCCCUCAGAUGCCUUGAUCCAUACAGAUCACGGAUCUGCGGCAGUGCGCAUGUUAAAAUAGAUGAUCGACUAGCCCGCAGCUCUGCCGUGGAGAUCCGAUCAUCUGUAAUGGCGGACGGAGGUCCCCUCACCUGCCUUCGUCCAUCUCCUGGUGUCUACUGCUCUGGUCUGAGAUCAAGCAGACCAGAGCAGAAGAUAGCUGAUAAUACUGAUCAGUGCUAUGCCCUAUGCAUAGCACUGAAAAGUAUAAGCAAUCAAAUGAUUGCUAUAGAUAGUCCCCUAUGGGGACAUAAAAAGUGUAAAAAAAAAAAUAAAUAA